AUAUCUUGCCGAGCCGCAGUAACCUGGGAGGCUGCCAAGCCCGCUGUCAUAGAAACAGUUGAGGUUGCGCCACCUAAAGCGAGUGAGGUGCGAAUCAAGAUGAUCAACACAGGUGUCUGUCAUUCAGACAGCACAAUGGCGAGCGGAAACAAAGGAGAUUUCUUUCCAGUUGUACUUGGGCAUGAAGGAAGUGGCGUUGUAGAAAGCGUUGGGGAAGGAGUCACUACAGUGAAACCAGGUAAAUAAAUACAUACAGUCAACUCCCUCUCUCUUAACAACAAACGUCUUUUAUGAAAAUGAAGAAAUGAUCGUCGCAGUGAACGCAAUUUAUGCAAUUGCGUAAAGAAGCCUAAAAAAAAAAAAAAAAUUCAGGACUUCAACGGGGUUUAAACCCGUGACCUCGCGAUUACCGGUGCGAUGCUCUACCAACUGUGCUAUGAAGUCACUGACGUUGAGAGCAGCUCAAUUGUGGGUUCAUAUGUUCCUAUGAAAGAAAUGAGUGUUUUAGACGGAUAUGCCCGUAAAACGGACGCCUCACCCUAGUAUUCUGCAGUCAUCUUCCCGUUAUAAGGCGAAACCUCUCUGUGACGGUCCGUUAGUGCCAGUCCUACUCCGUUUAGCACAGACACACCAACAUUUGCUUGUCAAGAAUAUUAAGUGUCACAAAAUUUACAAGAAAUUGUGUAUUCGUACAGGUUUUGUUAAAAUAUGCGCUAAAAAAAUUCGGUAAAAACCAACGUUUCGAGGGCGUUCUAUCACGCAACUGCUUUGAAAAAAGAAGAGGAAGUGCACUCAACACGUUCGUCUUUUCCGAACUUUUCAGCGUACAUUUUAACAAAUAUUUGAUUUUUAUUAAGGACAUUAAGCCUUACCCCGAGAGAGGAUACAAGCUCCGUACAUAUCACUUGAUUUUGCGUUGUCUUUAGGAGACCAUGUUGUACUAACCUGGGUCCUUAAUUGUGGAGAAUGCAAGCUUUGCCUGAAUCCACUGACCAAUCUGUGCAGCAGGUAAAUGUAAAUAAAAUAUUUGCAACCUAAACGCAAUCCGUAUAACCUUAUUUUCACCCUCCUUUCUUCCUUCUUCCUUCCUCUGUUCCCUUCUGUUUUAGUUUCUUUUCUUCAGUUUUUCCUUCCCUCCACACAAAUUGAAUUUAAACUUUUAUGUGGAAUUAACGUUGAUUUUGUCCAAUGUUCCACAAUAGUUUCGCGCUUGAUAAAGCCGUAUUGCUUGAUGGAACAACACGGGUGACAUGCAAAGGGAAGAGUAUAAAGCAAUUGACCAGGCUUGGAACCUUCAGUGAGUACAUCGUCGUUCCUGAAAUACUUGUUGUGAAGGUAGGUGCAGGGACUACUCAACCUGUGCAAGGUUUGACCUGUUUCAAAAGAACACUACAGUCGAACCUGGCCGGUCUACGCCACCCGCUUAAUACGGACACCAAUUAAUGCGGACAACGGACACUUGUUUCCUGCCCAAUCAACAGUUUCUCAUCGAAAGUCAACCUCGCUAAUGCGGAUACUUCAUUGUCAGGUGUGCGCUGUAAUAGACCUUUCCCUUUUGAAGGUGAUAAAAACCUUCAGUUGACAGCAUGUCCAUGUCCCCAGCGCUACAGUACACCGGAUGAUUCGUAGACGUCAAUUUCAGACUACUUUGGCAUGCAUCAAACAAGUCAUGCAGAGAAAUGUUUUGAUUAAGUAAUACAGUAUAUAGACGAGCAAUUUUUGAGUGCUUCCAUGGAUUUAGUCUGCGGAAUGACAGGUUUGUGAAGGAUAGAGAAUGAUGUUUAAUUUGACGAUGCUCAUGUCCUCUUUUAUUUGUUUGUAUAAAAAGGGUGACGUUUUUCAGGCGGACACCCCGUUAACAUGAAGACUUUCUAUGGCCUCAUCCGUAUUAACGCCGUUUGACUGUUUAAUGGCCCAUUUUCAACAUCGCAUGACUUUUUGAAUCGCUCGAAAACUGUUUUGAAGCCUCUGCAAACGCCAAUUUUAUUUUGUCCUAUCCAAAACGAAAACGAGCCUUUCCCACCGUUAGAAGGGUCAUGUGAUAUUGAAAUGGGGCCAUUGAUUAAGGUAGCUCACAACAAUUUAAAGCAUCAUUGCUUGGCACUUCUCAACAGAAUAUAUACCUUUGUAACCAACAAUGACAUAACCCCACGUCAUUGUCACGUUGUUUUUCUUCAUGAAGAUACCUCAAGAUGUUCCACUGGACAAGGCCUGCUUGUUAGGUUGUUGUGUAACCACUGGAUAUGGUGCUGCAAUUAACACCGCGAAGGUAACGCAACACACAUCGUAUAACUAAUGUAACAAUGAUCGAUGUGCGGGAGUGAAGUGAAAGGGGCGGGAUAGCCUGCGAACGGAGACGUAUUUCCAGUCGUCGCUUCCCUCGACCCUUUUCGGGCGGAGAGAAGCGCCAACCGGAAAUAAGUCUGCGUUUGCAGGCUAGGGGCGGGAGUGCCUUGUCAGAAAAGUGGAAUUAAACCCCUGAAUUAAACCAAUGUGGGCGUGGUUCAAGCCUAAUUUUACCCAUAUGCAAUUCAAAAUCGGACAGCCAAAUAAGAGCUGUAGUCAUUUUAAUUCCGAUAAUAAUGACGUUGUAAUUGAUUCUUUCUUUCUUCUUUUGCUUUCUUUAUUUCGCCUCGCAAAGCCCCAAGUGAGACCUUAAGGGUAAAAAGUGGCGUUACAUGCUAUUACGAUACGACGACUGUUGCCACCCUUUUCCAGAUAGGUGACCAUAACAUGUAAACAGCCUGCUCAAUGCGCAUGCCUAGAAAUAACAUAAUUACCUUGUUAACGUUGGCCAGCUACGAAGACUCUUUUCACUUAGGAAUUUUAUUCAGUUUAAAAAUAUUUUUGAAUGGUCAGUUUUAUUUGUCUGUUACCAAACCGCUAAGGUGAUGUACUCCGGCUGGCCUAGGGUCAAUUUAAUGAAACUUUUACAAGUGUAGCCAUUGUUUUAGAGUCUGAAAACAAUAGCUACAUUUGUAAAUUACACUAAGCUUGUAAACGUUUUAUUAAAUUGACCCCUGGUGAUGGUUGCGCCUCAUUUUUAAGAGCUCUGAAUUCUUUUUGUUCUUUUUCUAGGUAAAGCCUGGAUCUAGUGUGGCCGUGUGGGGACUGGGCGGAGUUGGGCUUUCUGCAGUGAUGGGUUGCAAGGCUGCUGGUGCCGCGAGGAUAAUUGGGAUUGAUAUUAAGCCUGAUAAAUUUCCUUUAGGUUGGUGGUACUUUAAAAACAACAUCUUUAUGAUUUAUUCACCGAGCUUAGCAUUUAUCUUCCUUCACAACUGAUCAUCGCACAAGAUGCAUCCAAGAUUGCUGGUCGGCCUAGAAAGUAUGCAAGACGCGUUUCACACUAUGAAUUUCUGUUAAAUAGCGUAGACAAAUUAAAGCCUGCCCGUGAGCAAGCGCACGUUUUUAGAACGCGAGAGGAGAGGAAUCAAGUGUGUCACGUGGAAAGUGCAUGACCUACGGCUCUCGUGAUUUCCAGCCACCCGCGAGAGCUUGCCCUUAGACUCGGCCCAACCCCCCGGGAGUUCCUCCUUAGCUCAGUGGUUAUCGAACCCGACCAUGGCUGUUCAAGGACGCCGAUCUCGUUGAAAUAUUUUCUUUUCCCCCGGUUUUGUUUCAUCUUUCUUGUACGAAAGAGAGCGAAACAACAACAACAACAACAACAACAACAACAACAUCAUCAAAAACAGAACCAAAACAAAAUUAGUCAAAAAAUUAAAAAUUCACUUUUAAUCCAGUUGAAGAAAUAUAAAAUCAAAGAAAACGAAUUUGUUCAAUUUCCCGCUGCCUCUACUUGCAAUGUUUUGAUCCGGUCACAUCUCUUUGUACAGUCAAACACCUCGUUAUUACGGACAGUUCUAUGCCCCACGUAGUGUCCGUAGUAACGGGGUUUGUUUUUAAUUAUUUUCUUCCAGCAAAAGAGUUGGGCUGCACUGAGUGUAUGAACCCUAAAGAUUAUGAUAAACCUAUCCAGCAGGUUUGUUUUAACCUGGUUUCAACGUAUGCUGUCUUAUAAAUCAUAUUAGGCUGAUUUAGCAACAGAAUGGGAAAGUUAGUUGGCGACGGCGCGCACAAAUCAAAAAUCAAACAACUGGCUUGACCAAUGGCAGAGCGGCAAAUUGGGCACCGGAAGCCGAGUUUACUCCCUUUCGCGCGCUUUCCCGUUGUCAAAUGAAGUUCCCGUUCUGUUGCUAAAGCAGCCUGGUACUAGCUAAAGACCCUUUGAUUCUAAGGGGUUGUUCACAUGAAGAGAGCAAGCUCUUAGCACCAGGAAGAUCCAAGAAGGCGGAUCAUCCUAGCGCCAUAUGUUUCAUCUGUAUUCAGUUUACGGGCAAAACGUUUUACUUAUCCCUAGCGCUAGGAUCUUCAAAGCUGAGAGGUAGGACGAUCCUAGCUAGUACUAGAAAGAUCUUAGCACCAUGUAAACUGCCAUCCCUUCGCUAUGAAGAUCCUAGUACUAGAGACAAACCACAGAAAAACGGCAGAGGAUCGUUCAGUGGAUAAUCUCUAAUGUCAAAUUUUGUCUCUGCUGUUUACAACACGGGCCGAAAUUUCUGUAUGUAAAGCCAACGAAAAGUUGUUCCGUGUUCUAGGAUUUUCCCCCCCCCCACCCUUGUUAACAGCCCCUUAAAACGAGGGCGUUUAUGAGGACGAGAUUUUCUCAAUACUAAGGUCAUUUUGGCGGGAGAUGUUAUAGCCGUCAUCAUUCUAAAAACUAUAAGUUAAACCUCCUCCUCGUCCUUUAAUAUAAAGGUCUCUACUGAGAAGAGUUGGUAGACGAGAGAGCCGAUUAAAACAUCCUGAAUGAAAGCAAAUAGUCUCCAGCACAUGCUUCUACGUAAUUCACACAGUGAAUCUAGAUCUCCACUGCAGUGACUCCGAGUAUAAAUACCUAGUAAUAAAUGAAUACCUAAAUUCUCAAUCGGUAGAGCGCUGGUAGAUCCUGUCUACAGGUUGCGAGUUCAAACCUCGCGGAAUUCAAGACCAUCAAAUUCUUUAAUUUCUGGUUUAUACCAGUUUCAUUUCUACAACAUGUUGUUCGGAAGGAUUUAUACAGUUUCCUACUUCUCAGCAAUUCAAAACAUUACACAAUUCACACUUGAGUUCGCUUCCCAGCUAUAGCCUAUUGACCUAAAAAACGUCCAGGCACUAUGGGAACCGAUAUUAUUGCUGAGAGAGAACAAUUCUUGUCUCCGGAGCCUACUGUAUAUACCUCACAGCCGGCGAGGGCCUCCUUGCUCCUUGUUCUGCGCCGGCUAAUUAUAAGGCCUGCUUACGUAGAAGUGGGGGACCCCAGGUAGGUGAGGUAACCCGCUUUGGUGGGGGAACCCGCCUGUCCACAUAAUCUCUCGUAAGGUCACCCCACCUACCAUACAAACGUGAUUAAAUUAAAAUCAUUUGAAAGAUUAUAUUUCAGGCGGGUCACCUCACCUAAGCGGGUUACCUCACCUACUUGGGAUCCAGGGAACAAGUUCGUCUUUAUUUUAUUCUCAUGCUAAGAGACCCGUGAACAUUUGCUAAUUUGUAACAAAAAGGGGACACCUCCAGCCCCUUUCCUAUUCAAAGACCAGGGCACUAAGCACACUACUGUGAAAAUGGUCUAUUUUUCUAACCGAUUCAUCCCUAGACUCACUUGGCUCUUAACGCCGCACUGAACUGAGCAAGAAACGGCCCAGCGGGAUACUGAACACAGCCCGGCGACUGAGAACUGAUAUUCCCAUGAUUUACUUAGUGUUUGCCGAUCACAAUGUCAUAUAUAUAAGCUCUUUCUCACUUUUGUACUUUUGACUCCGUAGGUCUUAACAGAAAUGACUGAAGGAGGACUGGACUUUACGAUUGAAUGCAUUGGAAACAUUGCAACAAUGGUUAAUAUUUAUUAGUGUUAUUUCGUCUCCAUAGCUGUCUUCUAAGACGUAGAAGUUGUCUUCGAAAGUUGCACGAAGGUUAAAAAUAUUGUAUUUAUUCAUCUAGUCAGAGAUUAGAGGAGGGCUUUCUAACAUUUGCUCAUGAAGCGCACAAGUCUACCUCCAUAUGGUCAUCAUGGUACUAGAGAGCAAAAAAUGCGUCUAUGAUCUUUUUGUAACAGUUUACGCAUAUUUCUCGAACAUUAUGCUCUUUUUAGACUGGGCCUCUUUUCCUCUUUUAACGUAACACGGCGCUAGCGGCAAGGCCGCGAGAAGCGAGAAACGAGACCGUCGUUUCUCGAGAAACGAGGGCGUCGUUUCUCGCGUCUUGCGGCUUUAAUUUGUCGAUCGCCACUUACGUGUUACACCACUGAAUCUAAAAAGAAAAGUAAGAGACUGCUCCGGUCUAGGUAAACUCUAGUCAAAAGAAAAAUUAAGGAUUAGAAUCAAUUGAUUACAAUUUAGGAGACCAUAGUAAAAAGCAGAGGAAUUCUGGUAAUUUAAGACUGAAAGUGUAUUAAUCGUGGUAAGGAUAUCGGGGUUAGAUUUUCCUUACGCCCCACCCUUCGCUCCCACUAUAAGCUAACAUGAUACUCAUUAAAUAUUCUCUGACUCUUUAGCGCGCUGCAUUUGAGUCAAGUCAUGUUGGUUGGGGAACAACUGUUAUAGUUGGCGUGGCACAAGAACAACUGUCAGUAAAUCCUGAUCAUUUGCUGAUGGGAAAGAAUAUAAUAGGAUCACUCUUUGGAGGUAUGAAUCAACAUUAAUUAUAAUCACUUUGUUUUGAAUAACAUCGUAAGACAGCAGAGACCUUUAGAUUCGAGGAAGAGAAUUGACUUAAAGUUUUUUUCGCACUUUCUCAGAAAAUACGCAUCCCGGAAAGCUUGAUUGAACAUUCUUUUUUCUCAGGGACGUUAGCACGGUUAUUUUUAUUUAUGAGGUUAAGCCCUUUCCCCAUCGCAAAACAAUUAAACUUCUAGCAUUUGAUGUCUUUAAAACCACGGCUAUCACGUUUCCCCGCCAAACCGACGUUUAUUCCCGCGCGCGUACAACUUUGUAUUGAGAAAAUCUUGUUCUCGUUGUCGCCCUCGUCUUAGUAGAGACCUUUAGAUUCUGAGACGAGUACGAAUACGAGUACGAGAUUUUCUCAAUACUAAGUAGUGCACGUGCGCGAACCAGCGUCAUUUUGGCGGGAAAACAUGAUUGCCGUCGUCAUUCUACUACGAGUUUUAGGGAGAGUGACGUGGUAUAAAAGGAAACAAGUUAUAAAGUGUUAAAGGUUUUAUCAUUUUGCGGCCGGUAGAUGGCUUUUAAGCUUAAAAGCUCCUUCAGUAAAGAUAACAGUGCUAAAUUCUGGUGAAAAAGAAGUGCAAUGAAGCUUUCCAGCGUGUUUAUCAUUUGAGAAUACGCGAAAAAACUGUAAGUCAAAUCUCGUACUCGUAGUUGUCCUAGAAUCUAAAGGUCUCUAGUAUCUAAAAAGGUGUCUAAUGAGUCAAGCAAGACUAACACAGCGUAUACUUUUGGUCACGAGGUCUCGCGUACAGCAUCUCAAAAAGAGAUAUUUUUCGCUUGCAUCGUCUCUGCAGCUAUCGAAUACUUGUUAUAGAUGUCGUUUUGCCGUGGCUUUUUUUGGUUAGGAGUAUGUAGAGUAGAGCGGAUCUGAUUGGGUGAGUCUCCUUUUGCUCAGUACUUUCUGCUCGAGCUUACAUUAUAAUACUCUUAUUUUCUGCCUUCACCUCGUUUUGUCGGUAUGUAACUUAACUUACAGAUCAUCUUUUUAUUUCUCCUGGAUCAGGGAAAUCGCCUGAAAAAAAACUGGGCCCUUGUUGGCAUAACCAUAUUAACACCACUUCUGUCAUCUUAACUUUCACCACUGGACCAUCUGGUUUUGAUAAAACUCGUCAAACCUCCUUGUCUUUGCAUUUACAGCCUCUGUACCGACCCGUGCAAAGCACACAUGCAGAUGCCUGAAAUACUUUAGAUGGCCUCUAUUUGACUUCUUGCUUUUGUCUAUUUUGGUUGUUUUACCAUAAAGCAAGCAUCUCAUGCUUUUACCAUUGCCUGCCAAUCUCACAUCGUCUGGGUUUUCGAGAACCCCUUGAGUUUUUCAUAAGUUACUGAGAGGCAACUCACUCCAACUUUUUUUUCUAACGGUCUUUGUUUACUUUUUGUGUUUUUUACCCACGUAAGUUAUUGACUGCGUUGCCGGUCCAGGUAGGGGUGUCGCAACAAGUGAAGCCUGAGGCUGAACGCGAACUUUUACUAAAGGCGUUGUUUAUUGUUCCUUUUUGAAAGCAAUACGAACGGCGUUUGUUUGGGGGUAACCUGGUUUAACGUGGUCCACAUGAAAUAUUUCUGCUGCUUAAUCAGCAAAUCCGCUCUUUGCGGCAGAAUCGUCAAUUAGCUUCAAUUCCACGCGCAAACAUGCACAUGUAAUUCCCCCUACAACAAACCGCUGAACUGACCAUACGAGCUUCAUGAUAACGGAGUUGCGGCGUUGCAUUGGACACGAACGCCAAUAAAAAAGAAAAACAGACUGACACGAUCAUACUUACUGCCGCAGGUCACUGGUAUACAGCAUAUUUUUAUUUUAAGUUAAAAAGUAGGCACAUCUGAGCAGUUGCGUCAAAUAAUAUAGUCGAAGAUCUUGAAAGGAGAGAAAUCCCAUUCCAAUUUUGCGGUGAAAUUGUUUAUCCCUUUCCCAGUGGUUAAAUCCCAGCUCCAGUGCAGUAAAUCUCAUUUUCCCUGUACAGAAAAAGGUAAAUCCCAGUUCCCAUUUUACCUCACCUUUGGACCUUCUUCCAAUACAAACCUCGAACUCGGCUAAUAAAAGGUUAUUUCCUUUCGACCUUUUUUUGUUUGUUUGUUUUGUUUGCAAGGAUGUGUUGCACACGAAAUUAUCCCUAAACUAUCGCAAGAGUACAUGGCUGGAAAAUUAAGUCUUGAGAAGCUCAUAACUCACACGAUGCCUCUGGAUAAGAUAAAUGAAGCUUUUGAUGUCAUGUUUGCUGGGAAAAGGUUUGUCACCAAA